ACUUCCUUUCCCUCCACCAGUUACAUCGAUCACUAGCUAGCUAGACGCACAAACCUCUCCGAGGAAGAUCAGGACCCUGCCAUGGCGUCCAACUCGACCAAGCUGGGCUCGUCAUCGUCGUCUGAGUGGACGCGGGGGGAGGACAAGAUGUUCGAGCGCGCCCUGGCGGUGUACGACACGGACACCCCGGACCGGUGGCACAACGUGGCGCGCUACAUGGGCGGCACCAAGUCCGUCGACGAGGUGCGCCGCCACUACCAGCUGCUCGUCCGCGACGUCGCGCAGAUCGAGUCCGGCGGGGUGCCGUUCCACUGGUACGCCGCCGCGCCGCCGCCGCCGACGCUGCAGCGAGGUAACAACCGAUCGAACAGGUUGAAGUAUACAUCUGAGCUUCAAUGAAGGGGAAGGAUUGCACAGUGGCUAGCUGUGCUCCUCGAAGAAGAUUUAUAAAUUGUGCAUGUGUGCGCCUUGAAUGGAAAUGGCAAGGCUAGCUAGGAUAUCGAGAUUAAUGGCUGGUCUGCUGGUCUUUGAUCUUGUGUACCAAGUUCAGCUUUUGACCUAUGGAUCGAAUGAUAUAAAUGCCUCAUGUAUGUUCC